AGAGAAAGAGAGAGAGAAAAGCUGUCAAUAAAUGCAUUUAUUACCUCUUUGGGAAUACUUUGCAGCCUUUGCAUGUUUGCUAAGUUUGGAUUCUGCUCACCGCCCGGAGAAAAAAAAAAAAAAAAAAAGGCGUUUUAGAUUGAAGAAAAGAAAGAAGGGCGCAGAUUGUUCCAGCAUAUAUCUCUGGAUUGCAUUUUUCUACUUUCUAAAAGAUUGACAGCCUCUUAUUCUCUCUCUAUCGUCUUUUUUAAAUCGAGAGCAUUCGCCAUAUCCAAGGAUCCCGCCUCCAUAUCUCUUGAAAGUCCGAUUCAAAUUCGCGUACGGGACCAUUUCAAUAACAGAUUAACUCACCACAACUCCAAAAACACUAUGUCUGACGCACCCGACAGCCCCAGACCACAGGAACAAAGUGUGUAGGGAAAGGCCUUUGGGCUAUUCAUUCUUCAUCCAGGGCUGGUCUAAAUCACUGAUCGGGUCCAUAGCUCCGAGGUCUCCUUUCCAAAAUGGAGUCAGAACGACCGGGCGUGCUUUCAACUCACCUAACUGGCGUGUGAAGUCAGAGCAAAGCCCGGACACGAGUGCACAGAGCCCCGGGUCACCCAGCAUGAAAAUAAGCACAUCGAGAUUCGCCUUCAGCAGACCAAGCUCCCAUGUCCCCCAGGCCAUCUCUGAAGGGAGACGCCUGUACGUGGGAAAUAUGCCUUACACAGCCAAGUUGGAGGAUGUACAAGCACUAUUCACUGCGGAAGGAUACAAGAUCGAGCGUGUCGACAUUGCCAUAGACCCCUUUACGGGGCGUAAUCCUUCGUACUGCUUUGUCGAGCUGGAGACAAAAGAACAGGCGGAUCAGGCCAUGGCACAACUAAAUGGUCGUGAUCUCCUCGGCCGUCCUGUCAGAGUCAAGCCUGGCCUGGUCAAAUCUUCGGGCGAGCGGUCCCAACGAACAGAGUCCUCCCCUCGUAGCGACAAGACAUCUCCAGCCACUUUCGACCGCUGGCAGCGAAAUACUGCUCCUAGUCCCUCCAAGGGGGACAGUGACCAGAGUCGUCGCGUAUAUGUUGGUGGACUCCCAAGAUUAUCGGACCCCGAGACGAUCAACAGCAAUAUCACCAACUUCUUUAAGGGACUCAAUGUUGAACACGUCAGCAAGCUAUUCACGCCGCAUCCUGCAAAGCGAUUCGAGCCCGGUGAUCACUACUACCUCUUUGUAGAUUUCGCCAGCGUCGAGGAUGCGCAGACUGCCCUGAAUACUAUGAACGGUCUGGAAGGUCCUUGGGGUGGUGUUAUCCGGGUGCAAAGGGCCCGAGGGGAGACUUGGAAGUCUGACGAGAGGAACAAGUGGGAAGCUGCCAGGACUACCACGGCUCCGGUUGCAACUGAGGUCGCUGCUGGCGUGUAAGCCGGUUGCUGUCUAGCGCUCUGCCAUUUUGUUUCUACCCAAGGGAUGCAUCCGCUCGAGUUGGAGUUAAUAAUACAACGGUCGGGGAAAAAAAAGGGAGGGGGGUAAGGAAAGCAAGUCAAAUAGAAUGAAAGCCAGAAAAUAAUAUAUACCCUGAAUUUUGCGUGGAUUGACUGUAGA